CUGAUCGUCUACAUUUCGCAGUUUCCAACCUCACCGGUAUAUAUCGCCGUUCUUUCAAGAAUCGGCAUCGUACCCUUAUCACAAUGACUGAAGUCGAAAUGGCGACCGCUGCCUCUGAGGCUAAGCCCAAACCCGAGAGACUUCCUGUCACAGUCUCCAAGCCCACGCCGUACACUUUCGACUUGGGUUACCUGAUGGCCAAUGAUCCUAACCCCCUUGAACUCCCCCGCUCAGAGCCCUUGAACGCCUCUCUGAAGGCCAUCGCGCGAGACGGCACCCAGUCCCUCCUCAACCAGCUCCUCACUACCUGCCCGAUUACAUCUUCCGCACAGAACGGUGUCCUCCUCACUCUCCCUCCCCCGGCGACUGUACUCCCGCGACACAAGCCCUUGCCCACACCCAAGCCACCUACCAAGUGGGAGCUGUUCGCCCGGAAGAAGGGUAUUGGCAAGUAUAGCAGCAAGCCUGGUGCUGCGUUGGCGGACAAGGAGCGCCGCAAGAAGCUGGUCUACGACGAAGAGAAGGGUGAAUGGGUACCUCGAUGGGGAUACAAGGGCAAAAACAAGUCGGAUGAUGAGUGGCUGGUAGAGGUCAACGAGAAGGACUGGAAGAAGGAAGAAGAGGCGGCGGCUAAGGGUAGUUCGAUCCGUGGCUUGUCGCGUGCCGACCGCAAGGAGAGAAUACGCCGCAAUGAGAGGAAGAUGAGAUCUAAUGAGCGGAGAUCCCGCAAGUCCGGUGGUGGAUGAGCAAGUAGACAUUACUUCGGAUGCACUAGACGAAGAUCGGAUCUUCGUUCGUUGUUCUUCUUUCAUGUCUCUCAAACACUGGGCUUGGCCAAAGAAAAGCAGGAGUUCGGAUUGGAGUCGCCGGUCUUUCUAUUGUUUAUAUCACUUUUACGGAUUUUCACUGUUGGACCAAACAAAACAAGAUCAGAUUAAUGCUUCAUACCCCGAUCGUUUGAGGUCUCAAAUGCAAAGGUGGUCUAGAACUACACUUUGCGACCAUUCACCUUCGUUUUGGUUUUGUACUCAAGUUGACCCAUAAGAGUUCCGUUUGGAUAUUUUACAAUAAGAGGCUGAUAGAGGCACAC